AUGUUUCGAUUCGUUCCCUACCAAUCAAACUCGCAGCAAGAUGGCCGGAAUUUCCAGCGGGCAUGUACAACAUGUCGAAAUCGCAAGAAACGCUGUUAUCAUGACAACCCUUCCGAUGCUCCUCAUGCGGAGAACUCAUCAUUAACGUCCCAGCAAGAGCCGGCAAGGAAGAGAGCACGGUAUCCAUCUAAUACGCUUCCUGACCAGAGUGACCGCGAAGUAAGUCGGACGUCGAAUGAAAUGGAACCUUUGCUGGCGACCGGUAGCUCAGCACAUACCAGAAAUGAUGACGAGCACCCAGAAGACGACGACAAUGAUGGAGAAGCUCGCUUCGUUGGUCAUUUGAACCCUGAAUCAACCUUUCUCGCAGCAACCAACCAGAUACCCGUAUCCGUCAAAACAGAUGAUAUAGGCGUAUGGACACAUGAUGGUACCGCAGAGGAGACUCGCAGGAACAUAAUGCCUGCGACGCCCAAAUUUGAAUUACGUGAUAAGAAUGGGUACAUCAGAUGGGAAGACCUUCUCUAUUUGCCAAGGGAGUCUGACUUCAAAGUUUUAUAUAACCUUUAUUUAGAGGAAAUACAUCCUGUGUUUCCGGUCAUUGACCAACAAAUAUUCGAGAAUCUGCCAACGAAUAUUGCCGAAUGCACUUUUUUACGGCUAGCUAUAUGCAUUGCAGGGAGCGUGAGUCCAAAGGCUAAGACACAUUUGAAAUCUUCACCAGAGAGAAGUCAUUAUUCGUCACGAGAUGACUUCAUUAAGGAGUUGACAUUCUCACUUCGUCUUUUACUGAAUCUUAAUGUGGUCAGAGACAAGAUUGUCCUCGUGCAAGGCCUUUCGCUAGCUGCCAUGUUUACCCAAUUAUCAGAGAAUCGUGACCUAUCAGCAGAACUUGCAGCAAGCGCAGUUGGCUAUGUUCAUACCACGGGCCUUCACCUGGAGAGUCAAGGGAAGGGGAAUGACAAUAGCGAAAGCCAGAGUGAAGCUCGCGCCAGGCUGUUUUGCUGUGUGUGGGCGUUGGAUAAGUUGAAUGCUGCGUUUCAUGGACGUCCGGUGAUGAUGCACGAGAGAGAUAUUGGACGGAAUAUUGAAAGCUCUAUAUCGAUGCAGCAGCCUUCUUUCCAGCUGCUUCUUCGGAUAGUGGUGCUGCUAGACCAGGUUAUAGGGCUCUAUCGACCGAGUAAUGAGUCCAAAAUGUCAUUGGAGGGUGAUUUUCCUUUGUUCGAGGAUUUAAUCGAGAAAUCGAAUGCGGUCAAUAUUAAUAGUCGCUUCCUAGCCACAGUAGAAACGCUCUAUCAUUCAGUAGCCAUGCUAUCAUACCGAUCAAAAUCAUUUCAUGAGCCUCCUACAUCCUCAGCCACUUUCCUGCGUCAAAACCUCUCAGCACUAAAAGUCACAUCCCUAGUGUCCGAAGGCCUCAAUAUGUCUUCCCAUUAUAACCUACCAUUCGUCCCAUACGCAAUAUCUCUUUCUCUCCGUGUUACAUAUCGAGAACUACGUAUUAGCCGCUCAUCAAUGCUGCGAGAAAGAGCUAAAAAGCAGCUCCUUGCCAACUCGGAAAUCCUCCAUCGUUUUGAGAGUAUAUUUGGCUCUCUUUCCGCUUUGGCUAUUAUGGCAGAGCUAAUUGUUCGUGAAAUGGAGAGAAGAACUAUUCAGCAGCAGCAACAGACAACAGACCCUACACAACUACGGCGGCAGCAGCAGCAACACGAUAAUGUUUUACCUAUCGCAAGCCUUCUCAGUGCUGCAAAUGAAAUUCCACCUGUCCAGCUGGACGGUAGUUCGGGUCAGAAUUUGUAUCAACCUGCUCCUCAACCGAGUUCGACUCAGUAUGAUGAGCCGAUACCAUCCGAGAGGAUGCCUGGCUCGGAGUUUACUAGUGGGGCUGAUCUCGACAACAUAGAUUUAUCUAUGUAUGACUUAUCUAUGUUUGACAGCCUGUUUAAUUUGGACAUUACGAAUUUCCAAGUGCUCGAGGGGUGA